CGCCGAUGUGGACGGACGCGUGAACGCAGUCGCCUUGAGAAGGACGCGGUUUAAAGUCGAGGCAUCGCCGACUCCAGACUCAUUUUGUCGGGAUCUUCCUGCCGUCCGCCUUCUGAGGAGAUGGGCGACAAGGCGGGCACCAGAGUUUUUAAGAAGUCGAGUCCCAACUGUAAGUUGACCGUUUACCUGGGAAAGAGAGACUUUGUGGAUCACUUGGACCACGUGGAUCCAGUGGAUGGAGUGAUCCUUGUGGACCCAGAGUAUCUGAAGGACAGGAAAGUCUUCGUCACGCUGACCUGUGCCUUUCGUUAUGGCAGAGAGGACCUGGAUGUGCUGGGCCUGUCUUUCAGGAAGGAUCUCUACAUCUCUACCUUUCAGGCUUUUCCUCCAGUGCCGGAGGAGCAGAAGCCCAACAGCCGGCUGCAGGAGAGGCUGCUGAAGAAACUGGGCCAGCAUGCCCAUCCCUUUUACUUCACAAUUCCUCAGAACCUCCCCUGUUCAGUCACUCUACAGCCCGGACCAGAAGACACUGGCAAGGCUUGUGGUGUCGACUUUGAGAUAAGAGCUUUCUGCACCAAGUCAAUGGAGGAGAAGAUUCACAAGCGGAACUCUGUGCGGCUGGUGAUCAGGAAGGUUCAGUACGCUCCGGAGAAGCCCGGUCCGCAGCCCAUGGUGGAGACGACUCGCAGCUUCCUGAUGUCGGACAGGUCCCUUCACCUGGAGGCAUCACUGGACAAAGAGCUGUACUACCAUGGAGAGCCGAUCAGCGUCAAUGUUCACGUCACCAACAACUCCACCAAGACCGUGAAGAGAGUCAAGAUCUCCGUGCGUCAGUACGCUGACAUCUGUCUGUUCAGUACGGCCCAGUAUAAAUGUCCAGUGGCCCAGGUUGAAGCAGAUGACCAGGUGUCAUCCAGCUCCACCUUCUGUAAGGUUUACACUCUGACCCCGACGCUCGACAAGAACCGUGAGAAGAGAGGGCUCGCUCUGGACGGAAAGCUCAAACAUGAAGACACCAACCUGGCCUCAUCAACCAUUGUGAAGGACAUAACCAACAAAGAAGUGCUCGGGAUCCUGGUGUCCUACAGAGUCAAAGUAAAGCUGGUGGUCUCACGUGGAGGGGACGUGUCUGUGGAGCUGCCCUUCAUCUUGAUGCAUCCUAAGCCUGUGGAGCCACCGGCAUCCCGCCCACAGUCAGCUGUGCCAGAGAUGGAUCCCCCCAUCGACACCAAUCUAAUAGAAUUCGACACAAACAGCAUCUCCCAGGAUGACGACUUUGUCUUCGAGGACUUUGCCCGACUGCGGCUCAAAGGUGUGGUGGACGACAAGGACGAGGACUGCUAGGAGUUAGCCGCCGUCGCACGCUUGCUUCAAACUGCACACACGCACACACACUGUUCAUUUUACAUUCCCCAGGGGGCGGGAUGUGAGGGCAUGUUUGGACAGAGGUUUUCUUCCUCUCGCUUCAUUCUUCACGCCGCCAUUUUUUUGCCACCGCCUUCUCCAUCUGUCUCUGUUUGUCUCUUAGCUGAAGGGUGAACGCUGUGAGUGAGAACCGGAUGUUUGCUGUUCUCUGUAGUUGGGCCGUUCAGAAAGUGGGCGGGGCCUCGAGGAACGGCGACGCGGGAAAAGCUGCAGCAUUCGUCCUUUAGUUUGGAGUCUUUUGAAUGUCGACCAUUUCCUUAGUGACGAUCACGUCUUGUACAAACAGAGUAUAUAUUUGAAAAAAAAAACUCUUCUACGAGCAGUUGGUGUGUGUUGAGUGAUGACCACCGCUUUUCUUCGAGUAAAUACUGUAGAUGCUUUUUAGUCGCGGCUGUUUGGGAGAAAACGCAGUCACAGCUCACCCACCAGCAUCCCACCUCGCUCUGUCGUUAAGAACCAUUCCAGCGUUGAUGCAGUUUCACCACGUCCCGUUGUUCUAAAGGUAGAACACAAGGCCACGUGCAGCCCUGAAGAGCCUUCAGUGUAGAAAUAACGGUUUAAAUCGCAGAAACCAGAAGUUUGAUCUGAGCAGAGCUUGAGCUGCUGAGGCCCGUUGGUUGCGCGCUGCCCCCUAGUGGCUUUAAAGGUCUGGUGCUGGAAGCGUCGCUGGACCUCCGGUGUGUUGGUCAGUCCGAAUGUUUGUCGCAGGAUCAGUGUGAAACACGACAAAACUAAUAUUUUGAUUCGUUCGUUGUUUAGAUCAGCACAUGUCGCGUUUUAAUGAGAUUCCUCAGGGUCGCCCGUUAUUAACUGUCAGGUAUUAAAGCCUCUGUUCUCGUCCUUUACUUUGAAGCCAAUUAAACUGAAUUCACAGUUAUAUACUAAACCUAUUGCCUUUUCCUUUUUAUGUUAAUAUGGAAACGCGGAAACAUCUGAAGUAUAAAACGACACACGCUCUGAUCCCACUGCAAACAUUUUUCAAACCUUAGACCAGAGGCGGACGUCAAAUCACCAGAUCAGCGUCUGCGUCACUUUCGUCAGAGAAUCCAAACUGACGCCAACAUCAUAAAACAAACGGGGUUCUGCUGGUUUCCAGUGACACCUAACGUCAGAUCAAUCCGUGACUCGGUUCCGCCUGGUUUAAAUGACCCUUAAAGGCAAAUACUGGUGUUUCAGUACUUUAUGGUCUCUUGACUCAAAUCGGCAGAUCACGUUUUUGCUGAAGGCAGCUUGUGUCAGCGUCACAGGUUCUGAACUUUCCCUUGGUCACAGUAAAUGCUUGUCAAAUUGAUGAAAUACUGUCUUCACUGGGGGGAAAAGUGUUUUGCCUUUUAAAAUUGUAACUUAAUUGUUGAAAUAGUAAUAAUCUUAUUUAAAUAAUGUAUAUUGUAAAGCCACAUUAUACCUAAACUACUGUGACUUUUUUUUCUACAUAUGCCUCAAAAAAUAUGAAGUUAUGAUUUUAUUCUUAAAGUGUUGUUACCUCCAAUUGUUACCUUUUUUUAAUGGUGGUUUGUCUUCUGAAACAAUGAACCACAUUUUUUAAACGUUUGGCCAUGUUCUGACAAAGUCAUGUGUUUAUGGCCAAUUAAAACUGGUUGAGAUGUAAAGAAGUAAACCAAACACCAGUGUUUCCCUUUGAUUCCACCUUGUGGAUAGGUUAAAGGUCAUUUCAGCAGCUCAACUGUCUUCACCUGGUUAAACUUUUUCUGUUCCUCUUUUAAAUGGGUGGUUGAUGGUAGUUUGGACUUUUCUGACAUCUAUCAAAUGUCUUUAAGUUUUGUGCUUAUUCCUCUAGAAAGAACAUUUCAAAAGACACAAGCACUUUCAUUGGAUAAAACCACAGAGCUGCAGAUGAUGACUUUAGUUAUUUCAGGAGACAUAAGGAUUUUUUUGAAUGCUUGGCCAUUAACUGAAGACACUUGAGAAUCCUUUUCAAGUUGCUUCACAAAAAAACAACAAACUUUAAUUGUCUGAUCUACAGACUGCCAAAUUCCGUGUCUAUGCUCAUUUGCUGGACCUGCAGCUUAGGUGGGAAAAAGAGGAAUAAACCGUUUGAGCAUGUUUUCAUUUGAUUCCGGUUGUUGUUUUCCAAGCAGUGCUGUGAAUCGUAUGAGCUGUGAUUCUGUCCAUAUUUUGUUGUGCAUAUAUGGGGUAACUUUGCUAAGUGUGAAAAUAUUUUGACAAGUGCCACACCCCGGCCUGUGCGAUGCGUACCAUAAUGUCUGUAACAGGAGGUGAUUUCUGCUGGUGGGACACCACAAAAGACAGAAUUAUGAUUAAUAUGCUUCUGAUUAUCGUGACUUAUUACUUCUACUGUAUCAUCAUUGCGACCAUGAUUAUUCUUAAUCAUUUUAAAGUCUAUUGUUUAGCCAUGUAUUUUUAUUUUGAGAUUUUUAUUUGUUUUCUUUUUAUUAAAGGUAAAAUGAACUAACAGA